UUCACCUCAUGAGGGACCGGCUGGAUGUCCGAGGCGGAAGGCACUUCCCGUGUGUUUAAUUUCUCCAAGAUGACUGCAAAGAGUCUGGUUUGGGUUUAACUCAUAGCGAAAUGUGCCACGCUGAUAAAAAGUCGCUGUGGUUAGGUGUCUGAAACCAUGAUAAGAUGGAGCGAUAUGAGGAUGCCAGCACGCCCGGUCCCUGAACGCAGCACCAGCUAGCUGAAGCUAACUGUGCUAGCCGUGUCGAUAUCAAUAAUGACAGCUACGAGGGAAAGAUGCUUACAAGGGAGCAAAGUGUAAUGCAGGUGUAAUGGCUGCAGUGGGGGUGGUCACAGCUGGCUGAGGUACACCCACAGACCUGGCAGGUAUCCAGGCCCAACGCGUAGCAGUCAUGAAAGAGGAGGGCAGGACAGAAAGUGGGGGUCUGUUUGAGGACCGGGACUUCCCCGAUGAGGACGCGUCCCUGUUCUCUGACAGGUUCACGCCCAUCGCCAGGCUGCAAGGAGACAUCACCUGGCUGCGGCCGCAGGAGAUCUGCCAGGCGCCAGCUCUCUUUCCAGACAACAUCAACUUGGCUCACGUGAAACAAGGCCUGUUAGGAGACUGCUGGUUUCUCUGUGCAUGCACCUUCCUGCUCAAGAGCAAACAGCUUUUGAACAAGGUGUUGCCUCCAGACCAGCCGCAGUGGGGUGACAGCAGCUACAGGGGCUCCUUUAGGUUUUGCUUUUGGCAGCGGGGACACUGGACAGAGGUGACAAUCGACGACCGACUGCCUUGUAUUAAUUCCUCUCUUUGCUUCUCGCGCUGCCACUCCCCCACUGCCUUUUGGGUGGCCUUGCUGGAGAAGGCCUAUGCUAAGCUUUAUGGUUCAUAUGAGCAACUGUGGGCAGGGCAGGUGUCUGAGGCCCUGGUGGAUUUGACUGGAGGUCUAACUGAGCACUGGAGCCUGGGAGACUUUGGUUUAGAGGAGGAGGAGGAGGGGGAGCGAACAGAGCAGGACAGUGACCAAGUAAGGAGGAGAAGGCUGGACCUGAACCUCCUGUACCCCGUGAGGGACGACUGUGCGCUCAGCUGCUCCACUCACAGCACCCCUGGAGGAGUGAGUGAGCUGGAUCAGUACCACGCUCUGACUGUCAUGGAGUGGCUGGACGUGAAGAAGCUGUCAGAGGGUGAAGUGCGGCUGCUCAGGAUCAGAAACCCUUGGGGAAGAUGCUGCUGGGGAGGGGCCUGGAUAUGUGGAGCAGGUUGGAGCACUGUUGACCCUGUUUGCGCCUCAGACCUACGAGCCAGGGUGGCCGAGGGCGAGUUCUGGUUGGACGAGGCCGAAUUUAUGACCCACUUCGAUGAUGUGACGGUGGGAUAUCCCAUCAGUGAAGAAGGGCACUUAAAGAGCAUUUAUACAGGAAAUCUGCUGCCACACAGUCAUCAGCUGACUGGUCGCUGGGUUAAAGGACACUCUGCUGGUGGCAGCCGAAACAGCAGCGGCUACAGCAGCAACCCCAAGUUUUGGCUCAAAGUGUGUGAGAAGGGAGAGGUACUGGUGACCCUGCUGCAGCAUCGGAAACGGAAAAACCCUGAGAAACACGCACAAACGCCGCUCGAGGACAGCAAGAACACAAAGCACCAGCACUACCAGGCUAUCGCUCUACACGCGUGGAAGGUGGAGAAGAAGCGUUUUAAUCUGAGCCGGAUGUUGAACAAGCCCCCUUGUGCUUCUACUCACUGCCAUGCCUACGAGAGGGAGGUGGUUCUCCGCAGGCAGCUGGAGCCUGGAUACUACCUUCUUAUCCCCAGCACCUACCAGCCAGGAGCAGAAGCUCGCUUUCUCAUCCGGGUCUUUUCCUCCUCUGCCACAUCCCUCAGUGCCCUGAAAAGCCCAGCACCCUCACUGCCAUUAACAACAGAUGGUGAGUGGGAGACCAGUUACUUCCGGGGCUCGUGGGUGGAGGGAAGGACGGCCGGAGGAAGCAGGAACUUCCUGUCUCACUGGCAGAACCCCAGCUUCCCGUUUACAGUGAGCGAUGAGCCAUCGGGGGUUAAUGUCAGGAUUACCCUUCAGCAGAGUCGCCCUGACACCGACCUGCACCCUAUUGGCUUCCACGUUUAUCAGGUACGAGAAGGGGAAUCUGAGCAGACGAUUCCCAGGGACGAGGAUCCCGUAGCCAGCUGCAUCCCUCACUGCUACACCCAGGACGUCAGUCACGCCUGCUCCCUCCCUCCUGGAGCUUACACCAUAGUGCCGUCCACCUAUCAGCCUGACUGCUCUGCAAACUUCACCCUCAGUCUGGCUCGCCGAACACACCGGAAAGUGGUGAAAAGCCAGGAGAGGCUUGGGAAAGCCAUUCAGGAGGUCUCUCACAUCUCUGUGAUGCAGAGCUAGUUCUUGGGGACUGUUGCUGCUCCACUGAUGUCGACUCACCUCCCUGUGCCUCUUGGCCCGCGAUGAAAGAACCAGUUCUAGCAUCCACCCUCACCACAGAGGCCGUGCGUGUGCGUGUGCGUGCGUGCGUGUGUGUGUGCGCGCGCGCAUAUAUGUACACGUACCAUGAGUGGCUGAGAAGGCAGGAACAUUCAGUGGGAAUGCCAGAAAGCCCUUUACCCAGAACCGCUGAGGCUCGGGGCUGAUGGGCAGCUACACACUCAUCAGCGAUUAGGACAUCAGAGGUUGUCGGUGGGCUGGGCUGCUAAUGAAGUAUGACGGGACUGGCUGGUGUAAACAAACAGCCGCCACUGAAGAAGGCCGCCGCUGCUCUUGCUCAUUCACUCACUGGUGCGCCUGCCGGCCCGGAACAAAGGGCUCUCUCAUGAAGGUCCUCGCAGAGGCACAGGGGGCAACGGGC